AUGAUUGCUGCAAAGAAAUUCUGUGUGGACAAGUUAACAGAAAAUACAGACUCAGGACGGAGCCCGUACAAAGUAGUGCCAACAUUUUGGAUAAAGAACGAAAAUAACAAUAUCACAGUGCCGUACCCGCCUGAGGAGAAGUUAGCGCAGAACUUCGACCGAAUUUUCGACUGCCAAUUGCCGUUAGCUGAGUGGGAAGAUUACCAUGUGGUCAUCGAUCGUGAAGCCGAUACAUACGAGGAUGGAGUGCUCUACAUCAAGCGCCAAAGUAGUAAACUGCUGAACGAAGAAACGCUACUAGUUUGGAAGCAAAUCGACUUGGAUUCCCUCGAACAAAUGGCCAGCUUGAAUCCUCUUGCAAUCUUUCGUAAGUUAUGGUCCAAAUUCUUGAAUCUGUUUGGAAAGUAA